GUCCCUGUCUCUGUGAUUGAUUGUAUCUCCUGCUCCUUGCUGUACCCUCGCCAUGGCGUCGUGUCUCUGCACUCUCAGUAACAGAAAGUGGCCGCCUCUCUGCUGUUGCUGCCGACUCAAAGCUCACAGACUCGCUCGGCGCCUCAAACCGCCAUUUUGGAGUCAGAGAACCGAGAGUCGGCAGCAGCGGAGAGAGAGACGAAAAGGGGGACACGGGGCUGAGGGGAUUUUCACCACUGUCUGAUCAUUACUCUUGGAAUCAAGAACAAUGGCAUCCUUUACGGAGAAGUAAAAGCUGCUGCCCUGCUGGGCAGAGGUGUCCGUGGUGCAUGGCGUCGGGGCAGGGUGGCCGCCCAGAGGCCGGGCCCCCGGGGAGCUCCGGCCUGGCCAAACCGCUCCACCUGCAGCGCUUGGAGAGAUCCCUGAGGUUGGACAGCUUCCUGCGCCAGACCGCCACCGUCUUCAACAGGGACGUGACCAGUGACGACAGUGAGGACAGCGAGGACAGCGACGGCGCGCUGGGGACCACGGGGCUGUCCCUUGACCCCUCCCUCGGUCAGCAUACGGCUGUGACUGUGAAGAGUGAGUCAUGUGAGCAAGAGGACAGGUUGUCGGAGGGGAAGCCCCUCAACGGCGUGCUGCUGCAGGUUCAAGACCAAAAGGCCGAUAAAACAAACCUCUACAAUUUCUCCAAGCUGAAGAAGAACAGGAAGUGGCUUAAGAGUAUUCUGCUGAGCGACGACACCACGGACUCGGACACCGACUCGGACGACUCCGACUUCAGCUUGUCCCGGGAGGAGCUGCACGACAUGCUGCGGUUGCAUCGCUACACGCGGCAGCAUCAGAGCAAGUUCCACUCUGACCGGGAGCUUCACCAAUACCAGUACUACAGCACCGGGCUCCUCUCCACCCACGACCCCUUCUAUGAGCAGCAGCGCCACCUACUGGGCCCCAAGAAGAAGAAAAUCAAAGAAGAGAAGAAAUUCAAGGCCAAACUGAAAAAAGUAAAGAAGAAGAAGAAGCGGGGAGAGGGAGAGUUUCUGGAUGACGGCCGUCCAUAUAUACACAAGAUCUUUGCAAAGUUUUCCCACGACUCCCCGCUGCCCGUAGUGAAGAAGAAGCAUCUCACAGUUGAGCAGCUGAAUGCACGGCGGCGUAAAGUCUGGCUCACCAUCGCCAAAAAGGAGAUUCCCAAGAAUUUCAAGCAGAAGACCUCCGCGAAGAACUUGGUAUUGACCAAUGCUAAAAAGUUGGCUCAUCAGUGCAUGAGAGAGGUCCGCCGGGCAGCUAUCCAGGCCCAGAAGAACUGCAAGGAGACGCUGCCGCGCGCCCGCCGCCUCACCAAGGAGAUGAUGCUUUACUGGAAGAAGUACGACAAGGUGGAGAAGGAGCACAGGAAGCGGGCGGAGAAGGAGGCCCUGGAGCAACGCAAGCUGGACGAAGAGAUGAGAGAAGCCAAGCGGCAGCAGCGCAAGCUGAAUUUCCUCAUCACCCAGACGGAGCUGUACGCCCACUUCAUGGGCGGCAAAGCCAGCACGGCGGGGCCGGGCGGGGAGAUGUCCCAGGAGGACAUUCUGAAGAAGCUGGAGGACUCCGCGGCGCACAGACAGAUUGACAUCGGGGGCGGCGUCAUGGUCAACAUGGGACAGGAGGACUACGACAGCGAAUUCUACAAGUCCCAGGCCCUGAGGAACGCCAAAGAAGCCUUCCAGAUCCAUCAGGAGCGAACGCGCAUGUUCGACGAGGAGGCGAAGGACAGCCGCAGCGCGUCGGUGCGCGUCGCCGGGCCCUCCGGGUUCGGGGAGAGCUACAGCCUCGCCAACCCGUCCAUCCACGCCGGGGAGGAAAUCCCUCAGCCCAGCAUCUUCAACGGCAAACUCAAGGGGUACCAACUCAAGGGCAUGAACUGGCUGGCCAACCUGUACGAACAGGGAAUCAAUGGAAUCCUGGCGGACGAGAUGGGCCUGGGGAAGACGGUGCAGAGCAUUGCCCUGCUGGCACACUUGGCCGAGAAAGACAACAUCUGGGGUCCGUUCCUGAUCAUAUCUCCUGCAUCCACGCUCAACAACUGGCACCAGGAGUUCACCCGCUUUGUGCCCAAAUUCAAGGUGUUGCCGUACUGGGGGAACCCGCACGACCGCAAAGUCAUUCGGAAAUUCUGGAGCCAGAAAACCCUUUACACUCAAAACGCACCGUUCCACGUGGUGAUUACCAGCUACCAGCUGGUGGUCCAGGACGUCAAGUACUUUCAGCGGGUCAAAUGGCAGUACAUGGUUCUGGAUGAGGCGCAGGCACUGAAAAGCAGCACCAGCGUCCGGUGGAAAAUCCUCCUGCAGUUCCAGUGUCGAAACCGACUCCUGCUCACCGGGACGCCCAUCCAGAACACCAUGGCUGAGCUGUGGGCCCUGCUGCACUUCAUCAUGCCCACGCUGUUUGACUCCCACGACGAGUUCAACGAGUGGUUCUCCAGGGACAUCGAGAGCCACGCCGAAAACAAGGGCGCCAUCGACGAGAACCAGCUCUCCAGGCUGCACAUGAUCCUCAAGCCUUUCAUGCUGCGCAGAAUCAAGAAGGAUGUGGAAAACGAGCUCUCGGACAAGAUCGAGAUCCUGACCUACUGCCAGCUGACGUCCCGGCAGAGGCUGCUCUACCAGGCCCUGAGGAACAAGAUCUCCAUCGAGGAUCUGCUGCAGUCCUCCAUGGGCACGGCGCAGCAGUCCCACACCACCACCUCCUCCCUCAUGAACCUGGUCAUGCAGUUCAGGAAGGUGUGUAACCACCCGGACCUGUUUGAGCGCCAGGAGACGCGCUCUCCUUUCCACAUGUCCCUCAAGCCCUACACCAUGUCGAAGUUCCUCUUCCGCCACGGCCUCGUCCACGCGCACAACGCCGCCAGAAACAAGUUACUCCAAGUGCUGCUGUCUCCCUUCUCCCCAAAUCACAUCCAGCAGUCCCUCUUCCACAGAAAAGGUGAUGACAAGGGAAGCUGUUUCUCCUUCCUGCGCUUCAUCGACGUGUCCCCGGCUGAGAUGUCCAAUCUCAUGUUGCGAGGCACCUUAGUACGGUGGUUAGCCCUUUUUCUCUCCCUGAAAGCCGCGUAUCGGCUCCACCACCGGCGCCUGUUCGGCGAGGCCCAGGAGGAGGCCGCAGGCCCGCAGGGGGAGGCGGGGAGGUUACAGCCCCGGAGCGCGUGUCUGUCCCGCGAGGACCUCAUCCUGUGGCUGAACAGACCCACCAACUUCCCCAACUCGCACACCAGCCCCGUCGUGCAGGACCUGGUGUUCACAGCCUUAAGACCCGGCAUGAUGGGACACACGGACGUGAAGAUCCACAGUCGAAACUCUUCCACCUCGACGCUGCGGCCCUGCCAGCCCACGCUGCCCCCCAAGUUCCUGCUGGCCGCCACGCCCAGGGUGACAGCGGUCCCCAUGGAGCGCUAUUGUGCCGACCGCAGCGCCGAGCACGAGUGGCGGGUGACGCGCGGCGGAGGGGGCGGCGUCUUCAAACAGUGUUUCCUCCACGGCUCCCCGGAGCUCGCCUCGGACUGGCGCGCCAGGGCCAACGCCUUCCACCCACAAUGCCCCGCGGGCGUGAUGGCCCUCUACCCCCGGCACGGCUGGUCCUUCAUCCGGAUCCCCGGUGAGGAGUUUGCGUCCGUGUGAAAAAAAAAAAAACCCCAAACGGAAGCGUGUGUACUUUUUUCCCUUGCUUGUUGUUUGAUGAGCCUGCAGUACACGCCGCGCCUCUUCUACCCAUCCGUGCAUGCACGUGCCCGUGAGAGUGUUUGUGUGAAGAAGUGCGAAACAAAACGUGUGUGUGUGUGUGUGUGUGUGUGUGUGUGUGAGAACAGUCUUGAAAGCUCUUGUGAAGUUAAAGGGAGGCAGACAA